AUAUUAACUUCACUUGACAGGAUCUUGACAGAAUCGACUUUUAUCAUUUUUAUAAUUGAAUUGCUUUUAUAAUUUCGAGAGUUUCAAUUUUUAAAUAUAUAUAAAGUUUCAACAAUGGUGCUGACGCUUGAAAGAUUUAUUGGGAAAGUUGCAGUUGUAACGGGAGCUUCGGCUGGAAUCGGAGCUGCAAUUGUUGAAGAAUUAGUCAAAAAUGGACUAAUUGUUGCUGGUCUCGCAAGGAGAAUUAACAAAAUCGAAAAAAUUGCACAUAAAUUAUCUGGACAAAAGGGAACUCUUUGCGCAUUUAAAUGCGACUUAACAGAAGAAUCUCAAAUUAUCGCUACAGUCGAAGAAGUGAUUGGGACCUUAGGACCAAUCAGCAUUCUGAUUAAUAAUGCUGGACUUUCUCAGCACACAUCUCUUUUACGAGGUGAAACAAAGAAAUGGAAAACUGUCUUAGACACAAAUAUACUCGGGCUCUGCAUUGUGACUAGAGAAGUGGCCCAAAAUAUCAUAGCAAAUAAAACGGCAGGUCACAUAAUCCAUAUCAACAGCGUUCUUGGUCAUGUUGUGCUGGAUAUUCCCGGAUUAAACAUGUAUGGACCCACAAAAUAUGCCGUUACUUCUCUAGCCGAGACUUUGAGGUUGGAGAUUAAUAGGGAAAAAUUACACGUUAAAGUUACUAGCAUUAGCCCUGGUUAUGUAAAAACGGAGUUUCAAGAUAUAGCUGAGUUCGGAGAGCUGCCAAUGCCAGCCCUUCAUCCUGCAGAUGUUGCCGAUGCGGUUAUUUACGCUUUAUCAACACCCCCCCACGUAAAUGUAUCUGAAGUGAUCGUUCGAGCCGUAGGUUCGAUUUGAUUUGUGCUUUCAAUGUACGAAAUAAUAUCGUAUAUUAAACCGUACGUUUUCGAUA